CCAGCUAGCCGAGGUCUUGUUUACCACAAUGGACAGAGACGCGUACCACAACUGCAGCAGCCUUGUCAAAAUGCCGAGGCAGUCGUACGAGCAGCUUUGGUCCUCGCAUUUCGUCGACUACAUCGACAAGGAGCUGAGCUACUCCAAGUUCUUCAGAAAGUACCUGCUGCCUAAUCACCCGUGCAUGUUUUCCAGAAGGUUCACAGAGGACUGGAAGUGCAGAAAACAGUGGGUGACAGAGGAGGGCAAGCCUAAUUUUCAGAAGCUGCUGCAGGAGUUUGACGAGACUCCUGUCCCAGUUGCAAACUGCAAUGCAAAGGAAUACAAUGCCAACCCUAAACAAGUAAUGCCAUUUAAAGAAUUUAUACAUUACUGGAAGGAGUACAUCCAGAAUGGACACUCGUCGCCCAAAGGAUGCCUCUAUCUUAAAGACUGGCAUAUGUCAAGGGAUAUUCCAGACCAUAAUGUUUACACCACACCCAUCUUCUUUUCUUCUGAUUGGCUUAAUGAGUACUGGGACACUCUCGAGGUGGAUGACUACCGGUUUGUCUAUAUGGGACCCAAAGGCUCAUGGACCCCGUUCCAUGCCGAUGUGUUCCGCUCGUACAGCUGGUCCGCCAACAUCUGCGGCAGGAAGAAGUGGCUGCUGUAUCCUCCGGGUCAGGAGGACUUUCUGCGAGACACCCACGGAAACCUCCCUUACGACGUUACUUCAGCUGAACUCAAAGACAGCGGCCUCUUCCCGCAGUUCGAUGAAGCCUGCCAGCCUCUGGAAAUUAUUCAAGAGGCCGGUGAAAUCAUUUUUGUGCCAAGCGGCUGGCACCAUCAAGUUUAUAAUCUGGAGGACACCAUCUCCAUUAAUCAUAAUUGGCUUAAUGGCUGCAACGUUGACAUCAUGUGGCAGUUCCUACAGAAUGAGCUGUCUUCUGUUCAGAAAGAGAUAGAGGAGUGGAGAGACACAAUGGACUCAUGGCAUCAGCAUUGCCAGGUCAUUAUGAAAGCCUGCUCCGGCAUUGAUUACACCGAAUUUGCCUCCUUUCUGAAAAUCGUCGCUGAGAACCGAAUGGCCUUUCUGAACGCCUGCUCUUCGGGCGAUCCCUCCGAUUACUCGCGACAUCUCUCGGAGACCCUCGCCACGCUCGGACCUUACCACGCCGCCUUUGACCUCCAGAGAGUGGCGCACAUUAUCGAGUGCCUACUGUGCAACGAGGACUUUAAGCGGCUCGAUCAUUCAACGUCGUCUUUGCAGCCUGAAACCAUGCUGCAGCAGAUCCGAGACACUAUACAGUCCACCAGGGGGCAGCACCUCCUCUAUCAGGAAUAACGUCCUCAGCACUCAGUGUUGUGAAAACUCUUGUGAUAAAGCAGCGGGGUUCACUGCUGUCUAAAAUCCUGCUUAUGUCUGUCUGAAUGUUUGUUUGUUUUUGCACUGAAAGAUGAUAAAGAAUAAAUUAAAA